AUGGGAUGGGGGAGGGCGCGUUCCGGGCAUGAGCACAGCGGAAAGAUGGCGGGCGCCGAGGUUGAGGCGGACGUGAGGAAGCUGAUGGGCAACCUGCGGCAGCUGGGCAACGAGCUGCGGGAGCUCGGCGUGUCCGUGCAGUCGUCCGGGGAUUACUGCCAGCGCUUCUGCCAGACACUUGUACAGUAUGCUGGGAAGUGGAAAAUCUCUGAAGAUCCUUUACCUCUGUUGGAAGUGUAUACUGUGGCCAUACAGAACUACUCAAAGGCACGGCCUUUCCUCACUGCAGAGUGUGAGAAUGUAUGCUUUGUGCUUGACCGACUAGCAUUGAGCUGUACUGAGCUUUUGCUUUGCCUGCCUGAUGAAGUUCCAGACACACUCUGGGAGCAGUUUCAGGCCUGCGUACAGGCAGCUCAUAAAGUACUAUCAGAAUAUGGGAAUCCUGAACUUCAAAUGCUGGCUGUACUUGCCCAGGAGGGUGGCGUUUGGAAGAACUCUGUACUUGACAACAUUUUCUCCCAAGAGCCAUUGCAACAGGAUAAAGUGAAUGAAUUUCUGACGCAGGAGGGUCCUGCCCUUCUUGAAAUGCGAAUCCGACACCUCAUUAAAGGAAAGAGAUUUGAUCAGGCUACGAAGUUGGCAAAAGUUUGUGCAGAACAUCCAGAAAUUGGGACAAAGAGCAUUUUUAAACAGACCUACCUAACCUGUCUUUGUACUUCAUCAUCGAGUGAAAUCUUGAUGGAUGAGAUCUCUGCUGUUGACUGCAAGGAUGCACUGGAGAUGAUUUGUAAUCUGGAGUCAGAUGGGGAGGAGAAUUUAGCCCUCAUCUUAUGCACAGCCUUCCUCACACGGCAGCUUCAGGAAGGAGAUCUAUACUGUGCUUGGGAGCUGACACUCUUCUGGAGCAAAUUGCAGCAGCGGAUGGAAUCGUCUUCAUUUACCUUUCUGGAGUGCUGUCGGCAGUUCUCCAUGUUAUCUAAAACUGUUUAUCACAUCUUCUUCCUAAUUAAAGUCAUACAGUCAGAGGCAGGGGAAGCUGGACUUUCAGCUUGCAUUGAGCUGUGUGUGAGAGCACUACGCAUGGAAUCAAAUGAAACUCCUUCGGUAAAGACAUCAAUCUGCAAGACAGUAUCGUGCUUAUUGCCUGAUUAUUUAGAGGUCAGACGUGCAUGCCAGCUGACCGAAUUCCUCCUCGAGCCUACAGUCGAAGCAUACUAUGCAGUUGAGACUUUGUACAACCAGCCGGAUCAGAAGUAUGAUGACGAAAAUGGUCCGAUCCCAAAUUCACUAAGGUGUGAACUCCUCCUUGUUUUGAAAACUCAUUGGCCCUUUGAUCCUGAAUUCUGGGACUGGAAGACUCUGAAGCGUCAUUGCCUGGCAUUGAUGGGAGAGGAAGCAUCCAUUGUGUCUUCAAUUGAUGAACUUAAUGACAGUGACCUGUUCGAAAGCAAUGAGAGCCAUCCAGAAGACGGUAUGAAAGAACAUUCACUCAACAGACUUCCUAAAUUUUACAGUGAUGUUAUGAAAGUACAGAAUGGUUCAUCUGAAAAAGUGGAGACAAAGGAAAAACGUAAAAUGGGGAAAGGUGUGGUGUCUGCCAGAUUUAAGAAUUGGCAGGCUUAUAUGCAGUAUUGCGUAUUAUGUGACCGAGAGUUUCUGGGCCACCGAAUUAUCCGACACGCACAAACUCACGUGAAGGACGGAAACUAUUACUGCCCCAUAUGUGCCAAAAGCUUCAAGAAAAAGGAGAUUUUUGUUCCACAUGUUACGUUUCAUAUUAAGCAGUCUUGUAAAGAGCGAAUGGCUUCUAUCAAACCAAAAAGGAGGGUUGGGAGGCCUUCAAAGAGUUUGAUUGACUUCAGUACCGCAGAUAAAAAAACGGCUGAAAUAGAGAAGCAAGAACAUCGUCCUAUUAAAAGGAACAACUUAUAUGGUGAGGAUUUUGUAGUCUUCAGUGAUAGCGAUGGUUCUGAUGAUGAAGGCAAGGACAAAUCAUACAAACCUGCGAUGAUAACUGCACAAAAAGUGGAUUUAACUGAAGAUUUUAACUGUCCCGUAACUAUCUGCACCAAAACCUUCAAGUAUUUUAAAAACCUAAUUGCACAUGUGAAAGGUCAUGGUAAUGAUGAAGAAGCAAAACGGUUUCUCAAAAUGCAAAGUAAUAAAGUUGUUUGUCAGUAUUGUCGCAGGCGUUUUGUCAGUGUUUCUCACCUGAAUGAACAUUUGCAAAUCCACUGCGGCCCUAAGCCCUAUGUCUGUAUACAACUGGAAUGCAAUGCAAGCUUUGGCACUUACUCUGAAUUGGUAGGACACAGGAAAGACCAUCUGCUGUUCAAAGCUAAGUGCAUGUUUCAGAAUUGUGGAAGAAUUUUCACAGAGUCUUAUUUGUUGUAUGAUCACGAAGCACAACACUACCACAAUUCCUCGUAUACCUGCAAGUUUUCAAACUGUGGAAACAUCUACUACUCCCAGAGUGAACUGCAAAAGCAUGAAGUUGGUCACACCACACACACUUGUGUGAAGGUUGAAGUUGAAAAUAGUUCAUCUUUUCAAGCAGACCAAUUUGCUUCAAGUAGAGUUGAUCAGCGUGGUCUGUUAUUACAAAUAAAGACAGAAGAGGAGCCACGCUUUGAGUCGCAUGUUUACCAGAAUGGUUUUACUAUUGAUUGUGUUCCAAAGGAAACUGCCAAACCUAAACCUACUAUGUCAGAGGAACUGAAUGUUUUACCUUCCAUUGAAGAACACAAUCAUCUUCCUAAAGAUGAGCACUGUGUUACUGUGAAGAAUGAAGAAACAGCGAGUGUCCACCUAACUCGUAGUGUUAUGCCAGAAACUGUGUGUAAAGGGGAGGAUGCUCCUAUUCCAACAUGGCCUGCAGAAACCUCAGCUGGUGAAGCCUCAAAAUUAGUCCAAAGGUUCAACUGCAAGGUUGACGGCUGCAGUCGGAGCUAUACCUGCUCACGUAGCGUGAACAAACAUAUCAAAGCUGCCCAUCCUGAAUACUAUGAAAUCAUGAAGCAGCAACAGAACUUACCAAAAAUCCAGCACAUCAGAAAUCCCUUGAAAUGUCAAAAUCAGGAAAAGCCUUCAAAUACAUUGUACUUUCCAAAUGAGAGGAUCUCAGAUACGACAGCUGAAGGCUCCUUGAACGCAGACGGUGCUACUUGUCAGCUGCCCGUAUCCACGGCUUUAACAGUUGAAAGCGAGAACCUGGCUCAAUCCCGGAAGAGAAAACACACGCACAACAAGCGUGCAAAAUGGCCUGCAAUCAUCAAAGGUGACAAGUUUAUCUGCAGCAGAUGCUACAGAGAAUUUACCAAUCCCAAAUCUCUAGGAGGUCAUUUAUCGCGGCGGGCAAUUUGUAAGCCUUAUGAUAAAAAGGAAAUCUCUUCAGCUGUAAAUCAGAACAACGGACAGGCUCUAUACAUGGCUGAAAAAAUCCUUUCAUCGGAUGUGUUCACGCCACAAGCGCACGAACCUACCUGUAUCUCGGAUACAUUCUUGACUGGUGAAACAUUCCUUCAGUCAUUGGAAAUGGGGGACAGUACAGAGCAAUUUGCUGGUCAUGAGCUCUUUCCAUCAGCACAGGAGAAUAACUACAAUCCUAGUAUAUUUGAGCCAAACACGACUCUCCCAAUUGCCAGCCUUCCUGGAACGUUUGAUUCACCGGUAAUUCAGCAGACUUUCCAGCCCCAAUUUGAGAUGGGUGCAGGAGAGGAAAACUCAACCAACAUGACAAUAUCAAAGGCACUCACAACUGUGUGUAGUCCAAGGUCAUUUGUGGCUGCUGAAGAUAUGCCACUCAGCACUGAGGUCCCACCAAUGCUAGACAUGAGCAGCUCGACUGCAUAUUCAUCUUGUGAACCCAUGCAACAGCCACUUGAGUCCAACUUCUGUUCAGGAACAUAUGUUGACAAUGAGGUUGACCCACAAAAUUUGGAAAGCAGCUGUGAGCCAUCUGUGUUCUUUACCAACGAUGCCCUUCCUGAGAUAGAAACGAGUCAGAAUUCAUCUCACUCUGAAGACCUUAGGACAUUAGAUAUAAGAAUAGCUGAAGUUUUGUUGGGCUUGCAGAACCUGAACUUGGAGUACCAUGAGAAGCUUUACACAGGUGAUGCACCAUGUCAAACCCCAAUUUCAGGGACACCAGUAUCCUCCUUGAACAUUGUGGCACAUACCCCAAUGAACAAUUGUACCAGUGGUCCCAAUAUUAUAGAUCAAUGCCUGACGGUCGCACAGACCAACACGUCGCAGCAGGUCGGUGAAGCCGAGAAUGAGAAAGAAGUGAAAGUCAACCUCAUCAAACCUUUCAUUUGCCAGGAAGCCGGCUGCAUCUACAGUGCAAUGACUAAAGAUGCCCUGACGAAUCAUUAUGUCAAAGUGCAUCAGUAUUCCAAGGAGCAAAUAAUGGAAAUAAAGAUGUAUCAGACGAGAUUCGCUCCAUUUAGGUGCCACGUUCCAAAUUGUCAGAAAACCUUCACAAGGAACUCGAACCUUCGAGCCCACUACCAGUUGGUGCAUCACGUAACACGGGAGGAGCUGGUCAAACUGAGAAUUAAAAGAGUAUACUGCAGCAAAUUGGAGGGCCAGUUUAAGAUCACAGAUUCUUUACCAUCACUGCAAGAAGUCAUGCCUCAGUCUGCCAUUAAUGGUACACGAGAGGACGAACCAAUUGCUCUGCAUGAGUUGGAGACAGUACCCCCAGCUCCCAUUGAGAUUAAUGCUGGGAUCAGUCUCCAUUUACAUGGGGCACAUAGUGAAAAGGCAGUGCUUUAUGACCAGCGACACUCACAGAAUGACCCAGUGCUUCUGGCUGGACUGCAGGAUUGUUCCCCAUUAACAGCACAACUCCAGAAUACUGUAGCGCAACCCAUUGGCCCACAAGGCGCUCUCGUACCAACUGUAGGGUCCCGGGAGAUCCCUCUACUCCUGGCAGGGCCCAAAGGGGGCACACCGUUGCCCGUUGCGCCGCACAGUAGCCCUCCGUCAAACGAAGAGCUGCUGGCCAUUGAACCACUCUUGCCGUGGCCGCAGCCUGCUUUGCCAGUGUCCAUGAAGCCCCAGGAUGUCUCCACCAUACCAGCAGGGCUGCCGGACAUAGCCCUUCUGACAACACCACAACACUGUGCAUCCCCACUGCCAGCAGUGCCACAGUCCAUCCCAGUACCCGGGGCACCGGCUCUUUUGCCCAUUACAGCAGAUGUCCCAUUCCGGCCUGCAGGGCCACUGACCAUCUCCAGAAUACUAUCAAACCCACAAGCUAUUUUCCCACUACCGUCCAGAUCAGAAGAUCUCUCAUUGUUGUCCAUGGGCUCGACUGUCUCCUUGCCCAUUUCUGUGGGACUCUUGGGUUCCUCUGCUGUGUCUGUGGGGCUGCCAGGUGCUUCACCAGUUUCCAUGGCAUCGUCACUGAUGUCUGUGGCAUUGCCGGGAUUAUCGGUAUCCAUGGCGUUACCGGGAACUUCUCCAGUGACCAUGGCAUUGCCAGGAACUUCACCAGUGUCCGUGACAUUGCCUGGAAUGCCUCCGGUGUCAGUGACAUUGCCUGGAAUGCCUCCGAUGUCAGUGACAUUGCCUGCAAUGCCUCCGAUGUCAGUGACAUUGCCUGCAAUGCCUCCGAUGUCAGUGGCAUUAGCGGGAUCAUCACUGGUGUCCGUGACGUUGCCUGGAACUUCUCCCUCCACUCUAGGACAGUCAGGUUCCUCUACAUUGACCAUCGUGCCGCAAACCUCCUCUGCCGUGUCUGUGAGGCCAUUGGGUUCUUCACUCCUCUCCGUGGGAAUACCGGGCCCCUCUCCAGUGGCCACGAGACUGCCAAGCUCCUCUCCAGCACCCAUGGGGGUGCCGGGCACCCCUCUCUCAGCAGAGAUGAACCCCGUGCAAACAAAGGACACCUUUGUCCGUCUAGAAAAACCUGAAGGUGUUACAGUGCAACCAUUGGAUAUAUCACUGCGGGGAAGGAAAUAUGAGGGAGGUUUUGAGCAAUCUGAAAAAGCCGGAGGUAUAACAGCAUUUACCAAGGUGCCCGGAGAAAAGAAGUGCAAAAAGUCAACUGCAAAAUUAAGGACAGUGUGUGAUGUCAAUAACUUUCACAAACCGUACAGGUGCGUUCACAAAGAUUGCUCUGCCGCUUUCACCAUACAACAAAAUCUAAUUCUGCACUAUCGGGCUGUGCACCAAUUUGACCAACAGCUGCUUCAUACACAAAUAAAACAAGAAAUCAACCAAAGUGACAACAUCCAGGUCAAAGAGUUUCAAUGCCAGAUUGCUGAAUGUUGCAGGAUUUUCCAAGGAGCUACUGAUCUCAUUGAACACUACUCUGGGCUUCACAAUCUUGCCACGGAUGAAAUCGGAAAAAUUAUGUCUUCGAGUGAUGGAAAGUUUCAUUGCGACCAAGCUCAGUGCACAUCUUCAUUCACCGUGUUCUGGAACUUUGUUAAACACCUUCUGGUGGCCCAUGGCAUAGACGUAGAAAGUCCACAAAGUGAUGCCGAUGCAGCAUGUUUUAAGUGCGACUGUAAAGGCUGUGAUCGUACCUAUGCCACCAGAUCGAAUCUUUUACGGCAUAUCUUUACAAAGCACAGGGAACUUCAUCAAUCUCAUUUAAUGAGGCCCAGGAGAAUCAUACCAUCAGAUCAAGAGAACUUUCCAAGAGAUGAUUUUGUGGAUGGAAGAAGUUAUUUGGAAACUGAGGAACUGAGUGAAAGUGAAGAUGCUAUGAAUCAGGGUAUAUCAAGUGAAUAUUUUGUUUCAGAUGACAGCAAUAUGAAAAGUGGUGAAAUUGAUGAUAAGUUAAACAACCCCAGAAAAGUUGGUAGAUAUACUUUUAAAAGUAAGAUCCAAGCCUUGGCCAUGUGUAGCAGCAAGUCUCCGAAAGAGCAAUAUCCAUGUAUGUUUGAGAAUUGUUCAUCCAUCGUCACCAGUGAACACAGCCUGGUAAAACAUUAUAGGAUUCAUCACAAAAUAUCCAGUGCAUUUGUGAGUCAGUACCACAAUCAUCUGAUAACUUGCAGGAGGUAUCUGAAUGUCCAAGGGAGAAAAUUAGCUGAAGACAUAAUUAGCCAUGAAGAAGGAUCAGUGGAGUAUGCUGUCAGUGGAGAUGUGAUUCAGUGGCAGAUCAAGCCAGGUGAGACUGAGAUGUUCAGUAAAAAGCUGGAGAUUGAUACCUCCUUCAGGAGUUCCGUUGAUGAAUUUUCAGAGCUGCUUAAUGCUAAACGUAUUAAGGGCACCGGUAGCACAUGCAUUAAAACUGAGCCGGAAGAGAUGGCUGGUGAGUGUAAAUUCACUGAUGUAAGCAGCCAUCAGCUUUGUAAGAAAAGAUCAGGUCUUCUCCUGGAUCUCUCAGGUACAGAAGAGGGCACACAGAAUAAAAGGAAAAAGAAAUUAAUUGAUGAAACCCCCGUGCAGCUGUUGAAAGAUAAUUCAAACCAAACUCUCCAUCAGAGAAAGGUUUGUCCUCCAAAGGGCAGCCCAUGCACACACAAGGCACAUCAUCACAAGCCUUUAGGUUUAAGUACAUUUAAGCCCAUGGGAUUUGAGUUUUCUUUCCUGAAGUUCCUCGAGGAAUCUGCUCGGAAGCAAAAGAAAAAAGCUCUGACCAAUAAAGGUCCUACUGUUAACACUGAGAAAAUGGUGGGCAGCAGGUUAAUAAAUUCAUCCUUGGCAUUGGCAGGUGAUGGGGAUAGAUCGGCAACAAAGCAUCCUGUCAAAAAAGACGUCCAUUUGUUGGUUCAUGUCGACAACAACAGGCAGCCCGUUGCAAAUAAAUUGUGUGAUCAAAGCACCAAACAACGGACCCUGGCUAAUUAUGCGACACCUUUAUCUGUACACAUUUUAAAGAACAUCAAAUUUAAAAUGGACAAGGCAGACUCAAACUGCGUUGAGCUUACCGAGAAACAGCUGCAGCACAUGCAACCCACAGUGGUCUUGAAGCGAGUAAAGGUAGACUUUAACAUGCUGGCCCAAGUUAAGAGUAUAAAGGAAAGACUCGCUGUUAAGAGUACAUAAUUCUGUAAAACUUAGUGUAUGUAUUGAAGUAAAUAAGAGGCAUUAGAGGCUGUAAUUUGCUUUCAUUUGAUCCUUGAUAGUAUUUGAACCAAAAGGAUGCCUGUACAUUUUAACCAAAGCAUGUUUGUAAAUGUCUUUUUUAAUAUAAUUUUUUUAACAAAAUCUAAUGUGGCAGUGGCCAUGUUCAAUGUAUUCAACGGAAUCCCUAUGGGACUAAAUUAUGACACAGAACGGUUGCUCUGUUUAUAUAAAACAAAUGUGAUUUAUCAAGACAAUUAUAUACAAAGGAGGGACUAGGCUUGGAAUGUUGUGGAGGUUCUGUUUAAUAACCUGACAGGUCAGUAUUCCUGAGCAUGAUGAAAAUACUGUAUGAUAUGGCUUGAACUGUACUUUUAUCAUUCUGUACAUAUUUAAAGAGAUUGUAUCCCAUUUACUACAAAGCCUUUCUAGUCACAAUCCAUAAAUAUAAAUUGUACACAUAUACAAUCAGAAACUGCUGGAAAUAAUCAGCAAGUUAUGCAUCCAAAUGGAGAGAGAUGUGGAGCUAAUGUUUCAAGUUCUUGACCUUCCACCAGGCUGGUUCUGCACAAUAUUGGACAUCACUAUAAUAAAGGUCUCUUGCAAAGUUUA